AUGCUAAGCAAAGCCAAGAAAGGUUCUCACAUUCGCACAAGAGAUAAUAUGGGGUUUGAAAUGAAAAGGCUUAGGUUCAAGUGCCCCCCAAAGAACUGGGAGGCAAGGUCGUGGUCUGGAGAUGGUAGACGGCCAUCAGGGGCACUCCACUCCACUAGUUCUGCAGCUCGAUCGAGCUUGCUCUUCCUCUUCUUCUUCCUCAAAGUGUGUGUGGCUUCCUUGGCCUUGGUGGAGCAUUGGCUAGCUCGUACUGUCCAUAGGGGUUCCAUCUACUCCGGGGAGGCUCCUGGUAAGGCAUGGAUCGUAUUCAAAUCCCGGAUCCUCGAACUGGGCUCCUCAAGGCCAACUCGACCGUCAGCUCGAUCGAGUUGA